UUUAAUAUCACUGAAAACACAAACUAGUGGACUCAGUCUGGAUUUGUUGUUUUCAUAUCGUUAUAACAACGAUCCAAUUUAUUAAAAGUUUGACUCAUCAUGAAUACUAGUGAUCGCAAAAACGCAGAUAAGUUACCGCUUUAUAUCAAAAAAGCUUUGUUCUUUUCUAGUAAUUGAGGUAAUUUACUUGUGGUAAAAAAAAAUUUUUUUUUAACCAAUAUUUUAGAUUUCUUGCUUGAUCAUCCAUGGACUGUCUUGUUUUUAUUACUUCAGACUCGUGCCAUUGCUAAAAUCAUGUUGUUUUAUUAAAAAAGCGUGUAAUCGCUUUUGCAUUUUACAAACAAACGGAAGUGGAGUAUUACUAAAAAUUUAGAUAUUAUUGCAGUCAGGUAUAAAGCUUAAAUUUAAUUGCUUGCAAUUAUAUAGGGAAUUAUUGCUUCUAAAGUUAACAUACCAUCAACAUUGAAACAAACCGCAAAUCACAUAGACGUUGCAUCACACAACAACAAAAUGAAUAUGGUGAUCUGGUACACCUUAUUACUCCUCAGUGCCUGUAAUGUAAAGGGAUUAAAGAAUGCAAAUAAAAAAGAAACGAACUGUUCACAAUACCAUUCUCAAUUACAAGAAGCGUCUGGUAAAAAAGAAUGUUCAUUAUCACCAUCAAAUGUUUCUAAAAUAAAACAAGUAUGCGAUGAAGAUUAUAAUGUGACAUGCACAGGCUCUCCAACAGUAAAAACUUUUUACCUCAAUGGAUAUAAAAAAGUCGACAGUUAUCAUUACGUCAUACACGUAAAUUUAACAUCCAACUUACAGGGAAGAAAAAUUUUUUCAGGCUGUUGGGGAGUUAUUUUAUAUUACGGAACAACCGAUGGUUUUGUUGACAAAUGCGAAUAUCAGAAUAUUAAACAGAAUUAUGUAGAAUUUGUAUUUCCAUUCUACCCAACUGAAGACUACGUAUUUCAUGCCACAUUGCUACCAACCGGAGACACCAUAUCAAAAUCUAUGACAUCACCAAGUAUCUGUCAACUAACUGUUUCAAAGUAUAUUCAAAAGGACGUCAUUGCCAAGAAGUUCGUGUCACAGAACCAUUGUUUUGACAAAGAGCGACCUCUAUCAAUAAUGGAACUUUCAAAAAAGCAAUGUGAAAAACAUAACUUCAAAGCAUCCACAGUUAUAAACAUGUUAAAGAAAUUGAAAGUAACGAAUAAUUGCGAAUUAAUUCUAGGAGGUAAAUCAAAUCAAAGUGAAUCAAAUCGAAGUGAAUCAAAUCGAAGUGAAUCAAAUCGAAGUGAACCAAAUCGAAGUGAACCAAAUCGAAGUGAAUCAAAUCGAAGUGAACCAAAUCGAAGUGAAUCAAAUCAAAGUGAAUCAAAUAAUAAGGAAGUUCAAAAAGUCUCCUUAUUGUUCAUUGUCCUUGUCAGUGUAUCAAUAUCCCUCAUUUUACUUGUAAGCGUAACAUGUUUCGUUGUUCGUUUGAGAAGAAAGUCGCAUGCAAACACGCAAGAUUCUGUUGAAACACAAAGGAUUAUUCAACCAAUCAAAACAGAUAGUGUUAGUACGUCUGUUAUGAUUUUAAACCGCCCUGGAUGUGAAUUGCUUGAAGUAUUUCUUCGUGAUUUUGCGUUUGUACUCAGUUCUUAUGGAGUUAAUGUAAAAAUGGCAUUACUUGAGCAAAAUGAGAUUGAUGCAGACGGAGGAAUAGCCUCGUAUAUGCAGAAACAUAUUAAUAAAUGCGACUACAUUCUUAUUAUGUGUACGGAAAACACAAACGAACACUCUGGGAUUAUAAAACACAAACCUUACGAGUUUGCAUUGAAAAUUAUUGGAGGAUUGGCAUUUCAUCAAAACGACUCUUCUCGUUAUAUUCCAAUGUAUUUAUCAUCGUAUAAAGAAUCAGUCAACAUCAUACCAUCAUUUUUAAAUGCAUCAACAUCGUUUGGAUAUCAGUUGCCACAAAAUAUAAAAAAGUUACUUUUGAGAAUUACUUCUGAAGAGCAGUUACAAGCAACCAGUGAAAGGAUGGUGAAAGAUGAGUUUUUUAUUAAUAAAAUGAAUGAACAUAGCAAAAAAAUAAUAGCAAAGGAGCAUCCGCAUUGCAUAAAAGAUUAUUGCACAAAGGGUACGAACCAUGGCAGUAUAGAAAAUCUUUCAUCAGUAUGGCCAACAACUGUUCAAUCUUCUCACUGGUCCUCUUUGCGUUCUGUUGCAAUAAACGCUUUAGAUAAUGGUAUUAUUGAAUCAACUCCAUACGAAACAAAUUUGAUGUUUAAAUAUAAUUUAAUGACAGCAGAUUAAAGAGAUUCCAACGAGUUACGAACAGAGUCACAGUUUUGAUGGUCUUUGUCUUUAGCUAUUAAAUCCAGAACUUAAAUUUAAAAAGGUUCUAACUCCAGGUUAGUGACUUUUCACUCAGUAAAGAAGUCCUGGUGUUGUACAUGUAUAAUACACACCACUUCUCAUUGAAUGUGAUUCUUUCAAGUAUAUGUACACAAUGUAAAUAAUUAUUUAACAUCUGUUGUUAUUGAAAUAGAAUAGUUUUUUUUA